UCAUAUAGUUCGAUAGUUUCUGAAUUGAGGUUAUUUUCAUAAAAAUAGAAUUGUGCUAAUAAAAUAAAUAACAAUGCCUUUCAUGAAAGGAAGAGCCCCUAUCAGGCGCACACUGAACUACCUAAACGCUGGCAAACUAGUAUUCAAGGAUAAAAUAAAGAUUUUCUCCGUCGGCUACAACAUAACCGGCCAAAACAAUACAGGUGCGAAAGAGUUCGUUUUCUGGUAUCUUCCACAAAUACAGUACAAAAAUCCGAAUGUGCAAGUGGCAACGUUAAAGAACCUAACACCUUCGCCGUUUAUAAAGUGUUAUUUCGAAGAUGGAAGGCAAAUUUUGGUGGACAUAGAUAAUAAAUCAAAGGAGGAUAUUUUAGAACAUUUGUUGAAUACCGUCGGGAAAUCCAAAGAGGUUCUAGAAGCUGAGGCGAUUGCUGCUGAAAAGAAAGACAAUCCAGCAAACUUUGGUGUUGGUUGUGAAAGGCCAUGUAUUUGUGAAGUUUACGGCCAGAUUCCUUGCCCUGGUGUAGUACCUUUACCCAAGGUUAUGCGCGGAAAAUAUAAAAACCCGAGUGAUUAAUUGUAUUAAAGUAGCUUGUUUAUAGUGUAGGUCACUAUUAUUUAGUUCAUUAUAGUAGUUAUACAUUCCUUGGAGAAUCUAUGGACGUUGGAACCCCAAGGUACUGGAAUGUUGACCCUGCAGUGACUGUAGACCCCCAACAUGUUGAAAAGAAAACUUAAAACAAGCUGGGUGCCACUGGAAAUAAGUAACUCAGGAUCAUGGAAACUUCUUGGAGCAGUGUGGUAAAGCUGAUUGGCAGUUUCUGAGAUAAACUCA